UUUGGAGGGGUUAAAAAACAGAAUAAAUCCCUGCAUUUUACUAAAUCGCAAGCUAUCCAAGGAGGAGACGGAAAAAAAAAAAAGAAAAAAAAACUACAAGUCCCGUGGUGCUUUGCGCAGACUACGGAAGCCGAGCAGGGCGUGCAAAAUCUGUGUGAGGAGAGGCGGGGCUAAGCGAAAGCGAGGCUCGGAAUCCCAGAAUAGCAGGCGGGCGGGUCCGGGGCUCAGCUGUCUUGUCCUCCGCCGUACGAGGAAGAGAGAUGCACAGGGCUGGAAGAUGGCCGAGCUGCAGAUGUUAUUAGAGGAGGAGAUCCCGGCCGGGAAGAGGGCGCUGAUCGAGAGCUACCAGAACCUCACCCGGGUGGCGGAUUACUGCGAGAGCAACUACAUCCAGGCUCCAGACAAGAGGAAAGCAUUAGAAGAGACCAAGGCCUACACGACCCAGUCUUUGGCCAGCGUUGCCUAUCAGAUCAAUGCAUUGGCCAACAAUGUACUGCAGUUGCUGGACAUCCAGGCUUCCCAGCUGCGGAGGAUGGAGUCCUCCAUCAACCAUAUCUCCCAGACUGUGGACAUCCACAAGGAGAAGGUGGCUCGUCGAGAGAUCGGCAUCUUAACUACCAACAAGAACACCGCAAGGAGCCAUAAGAUUAUAGCGCCGACCAACAUAGAGCGCCCCGUCAGGUACAUUCGAAAGCCCAUAGACUACACGGUGCUUGACGAUGUAGGCCACGGAGUGAAGUGGCUAAAAGCCAAGCAUGGAAGUAACCAAGCGGCAAGAACCGGAACAUUAAGCAGGACUAAUCCUCCUACACAGAAGCCGCCCAGUCCACCCAUGCAGGGCCGGGGUACCCUGGGGCGCAAUACUCCAUACAAAACCCUGGAACCCGUUAAACCUCCUACAGUUCCUAAUGAUUACAUGACCAGUCCGGCUCGGCUCGGAAGUCAGAACAGCCCAGGCAGGACCGCGUCGCUGAAUCAGAGACCAAGAACACACAGUGGAAGCAGUGGAGGCAGCGGUAGUAGAGAAAACAGUGGCAGCAGUAGCAUUGGCAUUCCUAUAGCUGUGCCAACACCUUCACCACCAACUAUUGGGCAAGGUGUCUCUGGUGGUCCCACACCUUCACCACCACCUCCUCCACCGCCACCACCUCCACCCCCUCCUCCAGUUGGCGGUGGCCCGGCUCCCGGAUCCCAGUUUGGCUCAAUGGCAAGGCAGAUCUCUCGGCACAACUCUACCACAUCUACGACUUCUUCAGGGGGAUACAGGCGGACACCCUCUGUCACCUCCCAGUUCACGGGUCAACCUCACAUCAACGGUGGGCCGCUGUAUUCUCAAAACUCAAUUUCUAUCGCUUCUCCCCCUCCCCCAAUGCCUCAAUUGACUCCACAGAUACCUCUCACAGGCUUCGUGGCCAGGGUGCAAGAAAACAUUGCUGAUAGUCCUACACCACCGCCUCCGCCCCCGCCUGAUGAGAUUCCGCUGUUCGAUGACUCUCCUCCUCCCCCACCGCCGCCCCCUGUAGACUAUGAGGAAGAAGAAGCUGCUGUGGUCCAAUACAGUGACCCUUACGCAGAUGGAGAUCCCAUAUGGGCUCCCAAGUCUUAUAUUGAAAAAGUUGUUGCCAUUUAUGACUACUCAAAGGACAAAGAAGACGAGCUUUCCUUCAUGGAGGGAUCAAUAAUAUACGUCAUUAAGAAGAAUGAUGACGGCUGGUAUGAAGGGGUCUCCAACGGAGUAACCGGCCUCUUCCCCGGAAAUUAUGUGGAAACAAUCAUGCACUAUGCGGAUUAAUGUUUUACCUACUUUUCCUUUUUCUUUUUUUUCUCCAAAAUCCAGUACUAAGUCUAAUCUGAUUUUAAAUUUUAAGAAAUAAUGUUUUCAUACAUAUAAAACUGUGGCGUUUUUUUUUUUUUUUUCUCCUAUCAAAUUUUUUUUUCUCCUUUUUAACCCAUUUCGUGCUGGAGAUCUGCUCUUGCACCAAAAAGAAUUUAUACCUAAUCCAUUUAUGGUCUAGGAAAACAAAUUUACCUAAAUGCCUCAAGACCAAAUUGGUUGAUGGACCUAACAAAAUUGGCGCCAGUUUCCUGCUUGUGUAUUCUUGCGUUAGCAUUUUUUUUUUUUUUUUACAUUUCCAGAUUAGAACUUCAUUGGGAAGUAGGGGUAUAGGGUGUAACGACCGUUGAUCAAUCAUCCUGUGCCACCGACGUAUGUUUUGCUCUUAACACACGUUCUCCAUGCAGCAUGAAAACUAACACUACGUUAGGCCGCCAUUAUAACAUUGGACUCCGACUCGAUGCUACUGCUGGUUGUAUUGCCUUCUACAUACCUGUUCAUUCUUAAUAUAACAAAAUGUAAUUGUUUUUAAAGCAUGCAUACGAAAAAAAAAAGAAUCACGCAUAAAAAUUUAUGUACCGAAAUAUUUUUUUAAAAUCCGCAAUGCUUCCGAAUCGUUAUAACUACUCACCGGUAAAAAAAAAAGAAAAAAAUAAUGUCUGUGUAACAAUACUGGUUGUUAUCUGUAUUUUGUAAAUUGUACCGCUUCAACUGCUGCGCCGGCCAUUCCCCGAAUACGCCACUCUUCAACACUGAGUCCCACUUAAGUCGUAUUUCCAUGUUUUUAACGCGUGCGGCCAUGACGGCUCACGUUUUUUCUUUUCCAUAAUACGGAGCCAAAUCAUGGACUAUAUGUGUUACCUAAAGGCACAAUUCCUCUGGAAUGUAGCGCAGGAAGAGGAAAUCCUGUAGACACUUCUGGAUUUUUUUUAUUUUAAUAUUUGAGAAUUGAUACCUGGUUUUAUUCUGUCUCUAAUAAACUGUCUGUAUACAGCGCCGCGCUGCCAUCACUGCAUGUCUUAAACACGAUUGGAUGUUACUUUGAUCAUACGUGUAAGCGUUUGGACCUUUUUGAUAUGAGCUCAUUUUGUAUUACUAUUGGAUUAACUACUGUCAUGUGACCGGGCGGCAUGGCCCGUUACGUGCAUACGAGACCACUCCGAUCUUGGCACAGCCUACUGAUCCAGGCCCGGCAACCAGGCCUACAAAAGUGUCAUCUUAAUCUAUUGGUUUGUUACAGUUUUUUUUAUUUUUUUGCUCUUUUUUGCUCUGCGAUGUUGUCAUUGAUUUUUACUGACUUAAUGCUUUACUUGUGGGCACAGCAGUACCUGCCACCUCAUACCUGCCAGGGUGAAGACCAGAGGUCGGUAGGAAUUCCAUUUCUGCAGUUUUCUAUGUAGGUGGAUUGUAAAUGUGCGGCAUGUAAGAGAUUAUGUGAUGUUCAAUACGAUGUUGUAAAAUGUACAUAGAUCAGCAUUUAGACAUUUAUCUUUACCUCCCCAUGAUGUGGUUUUUAUAUCCGAUUUUAGUGAAAAUCUCAACGCCUCCCAUUUAUCCGGUUCAGCUGGCAUAACCUGAAAUGUCUCUCCUCGCACUAACCUGGCAUGAACGCCUCAUCCUGUAGUGAUGGAUUAAGUAAAGGGCAAAAAAGACAAAGGGAAAUAUGGUUGCUGAAUUGUGUAUUUUUAUACGGUAUUAUUUACAGAAAAGCUGCAUAUUGACCCUCCAAAAAGAUCUGCUACAGAAGUAGUUUUUUUUUUUCAAUACAAGCCUAUUCCUUUUAGGGAUUAAAGAACUGGGGCUGGUAAAGUGGCAACGUAACUAAAUGGGGCUGACUAUCCUGGAUACAUUCUACGAAUAGUAUAGUGACUGUAUAUUUGUGUUCACACUUUGCAAUUUUCCAAAAGACAGACUCAAAACGGCUACAUGAGUAAAGCUUAAAGGGGAAUUCCAGUACAUAAUAACGUAGUUCUUAUACACAGGAUAUGGUAUAAAUGUCUGAUUGGGGGGGGUGGGGU